AUGAGCGGGGACGAUUUUAUUUAUAGCGCCAUCACAAAUGAUAACAUGAGCGCGUUCGACCUGAACGUAAUCGCCAGUACCCUCGUCAACACGGACAAGCUGGUGAGGCAGAACAAACAGCAAAAGGAGGAAAACGAUCUGCUGCGGGAAAAAAUCACAUCCCUGCGUGAAUCAGCCCUGCAGAUAAAGAACCUGUACGAGGCGGAGGUGGCCAAAGUGGUACGUGCCGAAGCACAGCUAGCAUCUUACGUAAGCCAAUGUAAACAGCUGGAGGAACGGUGUCUGGAAGCCGACAGUGACAAGAUCAAUGCCGAUCUGAUACUCAUGGAACGGUUAGCGGAAAACGAUCGACAACGCGAGGAGAAUGAGCGACGGUACCGGUUGCUCAUUACCGAUCUCAUACGCUACUUCUCCCUGCCAGGUGAUCAUACCGAUUCCGGCAAAAAACGAGAACUGAAGCAACAUCUAGCGGUGGUGGACGCUCUCAAACUUCCGGACGAGGUGAAAUCGUUCAUUCAGCAAGCGCCAUAUCAUCGCAGUAAACGAAGAAAAGGACGCACCAAGUCUGCUACGAUGAAGGAUCAGGAGUGUCAAACGUCAGUAAUGGAGAUGCGAAAUAGUGCGAACAACACGGACCAAUCGUAUCCGUUGCGACCGGAAGUUAGGGACUGUGGAACGGAUGCUUUAGAGGUUUCACAUCUGCUCGAGGAGCAACCGGUCAACAAGACGUUCUGCGAUAAAGCCACCAUGCAUAGCAUGUCCACGAUCACCAGGGCGACUUGCACGUCUGUAUUCAUCAAGCGUGUGGACGUCGGGGUGAACUUCCCCGAAGUGACGCUCAAAUCGGUGGAUGAAAUUUUACGGGAAUGCGUCCCGCUGCCACCGUUGCUCCUCUCACCGAUCAGCGAUAUCCUGCCCAUGUACGAAUCCGUCAGUACGCAAACUGAUACACCCAUAACUAUCGUAGAAAAAUCGGCCCAUGUCACGUGUGGAACAAUGACGAAUUUGAAAAACAUUCGCAAACGCAUAGAUUACCGUGCAGUGGACGGUGGAAUGACGUCCUUUCAACAACAGUACACGUCCAUGGCAGAACAACUAUUUGGCAAGAUCAAGCAGGAAGAUUAUCCUUUUUCAUCGGGUUUUGAUUUCGACACUGAUGAAACAUUUGGUAGCAUGCAUCCACAUCUCUCUACCAUCUGGAGGUUGCUGGGAGAAAGCAUAUUCAUGUUGAUGAACAGUGGCAGACGGUUUGAUAAUCAGUGCUAUAACAUGCUAAACGACCAGCUCGCCACCAUACGUGAUAUGAUCGUAGCGGAUGGGCGCCGCGAAUCGGAACUAAUGAGUGACAUGUUUUCCAACGUGCGUGCGACAGUAGUAGCGGCCACUGGGUACGGAAAAGAACGAGGUAUCACACCGCUGACACCAAACGUUGUACCUAGUACGGAGCCUCCACGAGAGAUGGUACCGGUAGGAGUAUCCGGAUGUCCAGUCGUUGCAGAUGAUUAUGGUGUCAUGAUCGUCGAAAAGGAAACCGACACUGUGCCGGUGAAGAACCACCAGUUGUGCGCUUCGACAACCAAAGAGUUAAGCAAUAACGAUGCAGAAGUCCUAGUAGAACCAGAAACAGUUUCAUCCAGUUCUCCAGAACGGCAAGUUACUGAAAAGCACCAAUUGCAGCUGAUGGAGGAAGGCGAUGACGAGCUUACCAUAGGGGAGAGAACAAAACGAGCCACGGAAACACCGGUUAUUGAUGCAACCUCGAGUAACCAACAAACGUUCUGCUUGCUGCAAAUAGCAAAUGUGCCUGAACCGGAAUUAGAACAUUCUUUCCCUGCAACAAAGGAUAAAACACUAUUUUCACCACCUCGCUCUUCAACACCACCAGUUGUUGCAAACGUAACGAGCUGUUACUCUACAAGUACUACGGCAACAUUCCUUUCUCCGAUUAAGGUAAAGGAAACGAAUCAGCUAGUGAAGGACCAGUUCAAAACACCGACACAGCUGCCGAUUAGCAAGCGAAAGCAACGCGCUCGUCCUUCAGACGAAUCAAUGCUACCUCAUGCCUCGAAACGGAUGCGGUUUGUUACGCAACCGAAUUCAGGACGUACAUCACCUACGACGGAGUUUUUGUUGGAAGAUGAUUGGGAUCAAAAGUUUUCCUCUAUCAAGGCACACAUGAUUGGACCGUUGAAGGAGAGCCAUUCUACCCCGCUAUCACCGAUCACCGACCGGUUCGAGGAAUGUGAUGAUCUCGAACUAGAGAAAGAGGAUAACUUAAUGUCGGAGUCGAAGCAACAAGCUAUUACACCAACAGAUAAUAGUAGUAUGGAUGUAGAAACUUAUCCGCUAAUAAGUAUUACACCAACUAAUGAUCGAACAGUUGAAGUCAAAGAUGCAGCUGAUAGCGUCACUCAACCAAAAGACACAAAGUCGACUGAAACUAUCAUUAACACACAGCAAGAAGAGGUGCACACAUCACCAAGACCGGUCGAGAGGAGAAUAUCUGAAGAAAGCAACACACAGCAAGAAUCUAAUGAAGGGAACAAAUCGCCAGUAUGUAAAUUACCGCACGAAAGGAGAUUAUCGGAAGAAAUCAUCACACUGCCAACGGCAACCGAUCCAAUAGUGAGUGACACGAUCGUUGAAAACGUUCCUGUGAAUAUGGACACGUCCUCGAAGGAUGAUACAGAUGGUAAGAUUGAAACCAUUGUGUUGCCAAGUGCAUUAGAGGAUGGAGAGAUUAUCGAAGAGCUUAAUGAAAGUUUCAGCAGUAUCGGUGAACUAGUUAUCGAUAUUGAUCCUAUAUCGGACAAUCGUUGUACCGUGUGGGAUUCUCCAAUGUCACCACCGGCGCACGAAACGGGUCAAUCGGUAUUGGCACAACCAACAAGCCGCAUUGACUGUGUGCCAGAUUCUCCGCUCUCACCACCACUGCCGACUGAUCGCGAAGCAACCCCAUCUGUCACUCCGGUGCAAAUACCACUGUUUCAUGCUGCACUUCAUUCGCAACUACGGCAACAGGUUCACGACCGAAACGAACCCAUUUAUGCAUUCAUUGCGCUUCACAAGUCGAAAAAUGGUCAGGAAUCGUCCCAAAAACAUACUGGCCAAAUCAAUGCACAGGAGCAACGGGUGGUAAAGCAGCUGGGUGAGAUUUUGAGCAACUAUCUGCAGCGUCCAGAUUGGACGGAGACGGCAGUAAACGAAACGAUAACGGCAAUGCUGAACUGCACACAAGACGUACGCCUUAUGACGCUAGCCUUGCUCGAUAUGGUGAUUUCCUGUGCGGAUAUUACGGUCAAUGUGCUUUGCUCACCACCCGCUCCACCCCUGCCGUUGGUACAGCAAAAGCUUAUACUAAUAGUGCGCCACCUGGGAUACGGCCUUGAAGCGCUAGAGCAGGUGCUGAUACGUGAAUUGGACAGGCGGAUGUUCCAGUUGAAAGGUGAAACGCUUCCACUAACUGCACUGAUCGCACUUACGUUGCUUUACAUUGGUCUGGAGGACAGCAAACCUUCCGAGUUCCCUUGGAAGCGGGAAUACAAUGUUCGGUUGUACAUCUUCAAAUGUUUGUACUAUUUCGGGUUUAAAGGUUUACCGCUGGUGUACUACCUGUUGCGAGCAUUUCCAUUCGCUUUGCCCAAGAAAGGCAGCCCACACUACGACAAUUCAGAUGCGAUGAUCGCAACGAUACGUACGAUCCUGAUGAACGCAAGCUAUUCGGACACCUGUGUGGGGUCGUCCGAAUCCGCACUGUUCCGGAAACGGGAAUUGCUUUGGUUGUUGAAGAACACCUACGGGUAUCAGCAGGGGAGCCCAACGUACGGAGAGCUUGUGGCGAACUUGGUAGAAAAGAUCCGAGCCAACAAGUUGCGCAAUGUGGCGCACUCGCUGAUUUUAGUCGCCAAGCGGAACGGUUUCGAUUGGGCCCGGUUACACAUCAUUCAGAAGCGUAUCUAUCCACUACUGAACGAAUACCUGAAGCAAUUCGAAUUGAUGCGAACAAGCCCCACCACCGCAACUACUGGUUGCCCUUCGUCAAUGAGUCCUACUGCGAGCGGUAACAGCAGCGAGGCUAUGGGUAGCCUGGACGAUCGAAUCGUGACCUGUAUCUUCACGAUUGCAUCCAUCAUGAAAACGCAACCGUCACACGAAGAUGCGUCCCGUGUGAUGCAGAUUUUCACCACCAUUGUGCAGCUGGCAGAAGGGAACCGCGCGAUACAGGAGGAAGCAAUUGCGGGUCUGAUAAAGUUCAGCCGCUUCGGGUUUGUGGAUGUUUUCCAGCGACUGAGCAGCUGGAACCCGGGAUAUACGAUCAGCGAUCGGAUGAAGCUGAUGCUCAUGACGAUGGUGUAUCGGAAACCGCCUCUCUUCUGGAAACAGUUAAUGCAAAAUCGAAUUGUGUAA